AUGACUUAUCAAGUAUCUAGAUUUGCAGGACGAUGGCCAUGGGCUGUCGAGGGUGCGCUCAAAAAGUAUGGCGAUGUUGUCCGUAUCACACCCAACGAGCUGGUUUUUAUCACUCCGCAGGUUUUAUCUGCUCUCUACGGUUCUUAUAACAAAAGCCAAGAAAUUUUUCCAAAAACACAAAUCAACAAUCAUGGAAAUGGCGAACAUGGCGGCCUUGUCUGGGAAUGGGAUCCAGUACGACACCGCCAGGUGGCUAGACAAUUAUCCCCAGCCCUCAAAGGGGUUGCGCUUAAAGCCAAAAAACCGACCUUACAUAGAUAUAUUAACCUUUUCGUUGAACGUAUGAAAACUCUGGGAGGGAGGGUUGAAGUGGUCAGCCUGCCCACAUGGGUUAGCUGGUUAUGUGUGGAUAUUUCGGCCGAUAUGGCCUAUAAUCGAGAGAUGGACGCUCUAGGAGACACAUGUUUAAAGGAGUCCCUCCGAGUAAUGCCGGGUGUUCUUACGGGAAUGUCGGUUGUUUGCCCAGGUGCUCUAGUAGAUGGAACCUUUAUUCCGAAGGGGGUCAUCUGCCAGCCGAGCGCAUUUGCGUUAGCACGUAACCUACGUAAUUUCCAUAAACCCUUAGACUUCCGGCCAGAGCGUUGGCUACCUCCAUAG